CUCUGAGCGUAGCAAGGCCACCAUGUCUCUCCUCCGACGCGCCCGUAUCCCCGCCCUCUCGACCCCAACCCGCCCGCUCUCCCUUACCCAACCAUGGUCCGGCUCCGUGCGAACUUUCUCGGCCGGCGAGCCGAGUCAACGUGAGACCACCGACCCCCUCUCCACCGGGCCUCCGAGAAAGGACGCUGAUAAAUCCCAUUUCGUCAAUCCAGCGCCCGUCAUCUCCCCGAAAGGAGCGGCAGAAGGAUUGCCGAGGCAUCAGCCGGACUACGAUGUGGCGGUGGAGUAUCGGACAUCACGAUGGUCGCCGAUUCCGAAGAAGGUGAUGGAUGGGGGUGAGGAGGGCGAUACUGCCGCGGCGGUCAUAUCCGGUGCUCCCGUUGACCUACAAGCCCGCACCGUCCGCAUCUACAAACCCGUCAAACCCGCCACGCAAUCCGGCGACUGGAACGGCAACAGCUGGCGCAUGGACUGGGACCCGCUCCCCAAAGGCCACCGAUGGGAGAACCCGCUGAUAGGAUGGCAGUCGUCCGCCGACUUCAUGCAGAGCGAGCGAUUGCAUUUCCACUCGAAGGACGAUGCGAUCCGGUUCGCGAACAAGAACGGGUACGAGUACUUCGUGCAGGAGCCGAACGAGCGGAAGUUCGUGCCAAAGGUGUACGCGAACAACUUUUUGUACAGUGCGAAGAAGCUGAAGCAGAUUCGGACGAAGUGAGGGGGACAAGGGCAUCGAUGGUUGUAAAUAGGCGUCAUGGAUCGGGCAUAUCUGCCACGGCAUGAUACGAUAUCUGGGUAUCCGUAGACAAUCGUCAUCCCAAUGUAACCGCUAGUCGUCAUCGUGAACUCGUGGAUACGAUUAGAACAGGCUUUCCUCAAGUUCCACGAAGCGACACCAUCUCCCCAGCAUCGCCUUCACCGGCACCGUCCUCCCAACCCACGCCCUCUCUCCC